AUGUCAAAUUGGGAAGUUAGCAUACAAGAAUCGGGAAUCACAGAUACGAUGAAAAUGGAUAUUCUGAAUACAAUACGAACGUUAAUCGAUCUACAUGGUUCAUCAAACAAGGAGAAAAUUUGUGAAGAGAUCAAAUUUUGGCUGAAUGAAACUUAUGGGAAAAAGUGGGUUGUCAUAAUUGCUGAUUCGAACUCUCAUUCAUCGAAUUUUUCUUAUUUUGACGAUAAACUUCUCGUGUUAGACGACAAUGACUUGAAAUGGCAGAUUGUACUUUUCCAACAAGUUCCGUGA